AUGACGAUUUCUGAGUUGGAAGCUAAAAUUGAACAUAGUCGUACUAUGCGAGAUAAAUUUAUUCAAAUGAGGCCUUUAUUAAAGGAUAAAAAUGUAAUAUCUGAUUGUGAAACUCAAAUCAAAGAAUAUCAAAAAUAUAUUGAUUAUUUCACCGAGGAAUUACAUCGUUUAGAAAGUAAACAAAAUGAAAGUUCCCCUGGUUCAUUUUUACCAGAACAACAUGCAUCAUUCUCGAAAAAUAUGGACCCAUAUCAACAGCUAAAUCCUCCUAGGACAAGCUCUAUGGCUAAUAAUACAACCGAACCUAUUACUGCCAUAGUGGCUCAAUCAAAGAAGAAAAAAUAUUCAAACUUGGAUUUAUUAAUGUCAGAGACUCCUUAUAAUAAGCCUAAAGUGUCUCUUAAAUUACACGAAUUGGAAUAUAAAUUGGAUGUUGAAAAAACUGUUCUAAAAGGUAUUAGAGGCAUGUUCGAAGUCAUGGAACGUGACCCUUCCACCAACAGUAGAAGUCGUACUGAAUUACAAGAUAAAAUGCUUGAAAGUCAAGAAAAAUUAACUUUAUUAAAUUCUGCUUUAAGAAAAUACAAAACUUUAUAUAUUGGUGAAGGUGGAGAUGAAGAUGAUUAUGAAUUAGAAACACCACCUUCAGCUCGUCUACCUCCUGGUUUUCGUAGACCAGUCACAGGCAAACUUCAAAUAGAAAUUUUAGAGGCAACAGAAUUGGCUCAUGCACCUACUCGGAUGAUUCGUUCCCCUACAACAAUUGUUGUUGUCAAAAUUGAUAAUCAAAUCGUCUUUCGCUCAAGGCCCGCUCGUAACAGCGAUAAUAAAUGGAAUGAACUAUGUGAAACACAUGUUAAUAAAGCCUCUGAAAUUGAAAUCAGCAUUUACGAUCAAUCACCUGAAAAGUCUUUACCAAUCGGCUUUUUUUGGUUAAAGAUCACAGAUAUUACUGAGGGACUUCGUAAACGAAAAAUGCCACAAUGGAUGCUGGCUGAAGAAGCCCAGCAAAAGAAGCUUCAAGAAGUGAAAGAUGAUUUCGUAUCUCUAUCUCAGGAGGAAGAAGAUAAGAUGAGACAACAACUGAAUACGGCUACAAUAGCUCCACAACAGAAUACUGAAAGUGGUAUUGAAGCCUGGUUUGAUGUCGAGCCAGUGGGUAAAUUGGCUCUUCGGUUAAACUUUGUUCGUACAGAAGGAAAUCGUCGUCCAAUGGAUAAAUUAGGUCGUGCUGGUGCUGUUCGUCAACGUCGUGAAGAAGUGGUUGAAGUAAACGGUCAUCAAUUUGUAGAAAAGAGAUUCUACAAUGUUAUGAAGUGCGCACUUUGUCAGGAAUUUUUUGUUAAUAGUGGCUUUCAAUGUGAAGAUUGUGAAUACACUUGUCAUAAGAAAUGCUCUAGUAAAGUCGUUACUAAGUGCUUAGCAAAUUCUAAAGAUAAUGAUUCUGAUGAAGAUAAAUUGAAUCAUAAAAUUCCUCAUCGUUUCGAACCUAUUACAAAUAUUGGCGCUAAUUGGUGCUGUCAUUGUGGUUAUAUGUUGCCAUUGGGCUCACGUGGGUCUAAAAAAUGUUCAGAAUGCAGUGUAACCGCUCAUAACCAAUGUGAACAUUAUGUACCAGAUUUCUGUGGCCUUAGUAUGGAGAUGGCAAAUCAAAUGCUUGCAGAAAUUAAAGCUGCAGCAAAACGUAAGACGACUGGUUCAGAAUCAAACAAAUCAUCGAGUAGUCAUCGUAUUUCUAAUACUAAUAAGGAGGCGCCUCUUCCUGCUUUACCAACUCAACAUUCACCUAGUUUAGAUAAUGAUAAUAGCGAAGGGCUUAGUUCUCAGUUCUCUUCAUCAGUGACCCUUGUUUCUUCUCCUCAAAAGAGUAGUAGUAGCCCUGUUACUCCUCAAACAUCUCCUUCUGUACAUCAUAUGCUACAACAACAACAACAACAACAACAACAACAACAACAGCAAACACCUUAUUAUCCUCCUUCUAUGACUAUGCCUCAGCCACCUAGAAUAUAUCCACAACAACAACAACAACAACAACAGCAACAACAAAGACCUCCUCCUGUUUUACCACAACAUCAAUCCCCUUAUAUUAACCCAAAUUUAAGUGUUGAUUAUAGACACCAGCAACAACAGCCUAUGUAUUAUCAUCAUCAACAACCUUCCCCACCUAUCAUGAGGCCACCCCAUUCUCCUUACAAUAAUGGUCCCUAUCCAGCGAAUAACAUGAUGAUGGGAAGACCUCAACCUAAUCCUGCCUAUAAUCCUAAUUAUCAUCUUUAUCAACAGCAGCAGCAACAACAACAACAACAACCAUUGAUACAAAAACAGCCCAGUAUGAUUCAACAGCAACAAAGACCUAAAAAAGUUGCUUUAGAUAAUUUUAGUUUCCUAGCUGUUCUUGGUAAAGGUAACUUUGGCAAAGUCAUGUUAGCUGAAGAAAAACAUGAUAAAAAAUUAUAUGCUAUCAAAAUGUUAAAAAAGAGAUUUAUUAUUGAUAAUGAUGAAAUUGAAAGUGUUCGUUCUGAAAAACGUGUCUUUCAAGCAGCAAACCGUGAACGCCAUCCUUUCUUGAUUAACCUACACUCAACCUUCCAAACCGAAACUCGUGUUUAUUUUGUAAUGGAGUACGUAAGUGGUGGUGACCUUAUGUGGCACAUUCAACGCGGUCAAUUUUCGGAACGAAGAGCCAAAUUUUAUGCAUGUGAAGUCCUGUUAGCACUUGAAUAUUUUCAUAGUCAAAACAUUAUUUAUCGAGACUUAAAGCUAGAUAAUAUCAUGUUAGGUCUGGAUGGUCAUAUCAAGAUGGCAGAUUAUGGUCUUUGUAAGGAAAAUAUGGGUUAUGGAAAGACGACAGGUACCUUUUGUGGUACACCUGAAUUUAUGGCACCUGAAAUUUUGCGUGAGCAAAGUUAUGGGCGUGCAGUUGAUUGGUGGGCCUUUGGCGUUCUUGUGUAUGAAAUGCUACUUGGUCAAUCUCCCUUCCGUGGCGAAGAUGAAGAUGAAAUCUUUGAUGCCAUCUUAGAGGACGAUAUAUUGUAUCCUAUUAAUAUGUCCAGUGAUUCUAUCUCCAUCUGUCAACAGUUAUUGCAACGUGAACCCACACAAAGAUUAGGUGCAGGUCCUGAUGAUGCUAUCUCUAUUAAACGACAUCCAUUCUUUAGAGGUGUCAAUUGGGAAGAUAUGCUAGCUAAAAGAGUUCCACCUCCAUUUUAUCCUUCCAUCUCAAAUCGCUUGGAUACGUCGAAUUUUGAUGAGGAGUUUACGAAUGAGACACCUGCUUUGACGCCCAUUGAUUCUAACCUGACGCGUGUUGAACAACAAGAAUUCCAAGCAUUUUCUUAUGUUGCUGAUUGGGCCAUGUGUUAG